AUGUUUGCUGGAGUAGAUCAAUUUCGAGCUCAGCAGAGCGUGGCAAAUGGCCUCAUGCCCCUUAUUGAUUCUUUUGAUUGCACUGGCAAUGGUGUAUCCCCUGUCAAUGAUGCCAGAUCUUCUCUGAAUAUUCUCAAACACCUCUGCGAGCAAAGCGAGUGGACUUGGGUCGAAGGCAUGCUCAUGUUGGGGUGCCUCCAAUAUGCUGUAGAGCAAUAUGCCGAUGCUCUUCAAUGCUUUUCAAGGAUUACAGCACUAGAUCCCAGCCACAUAGAAGCCGUUGCAAAUAUGGCAGCGUCGUUUUACUGCCUGGGACGCCAUGAAGAGGCUGAACGCCACUGGAUACUUGCAGUACAGCAAAGGCCCAGCUACCUGGAAGCUGUUGAACAUCUGAUUGGACUUCUGUACAAGAAGCGCAGUAAAGAAGCAAUCGACAUUAUUUGCCAUGUUCAAAAGGCGCUUGCCGUUGCUGGCCAGCCUGUGCAAGCAUCCAUCGAUAGGCGCAGCGAAUCCUCAGCUGAUCGCAAGCUUAAUUCUCAAUUGGCCUGUGGGCAGUCGAUAAAUUCACAAGGUGCAUUUGAGCUAUCUCCUGGAGGCUAUGGCACUAGUGGGUACACUCUGCCUGGAAAUGAAAAUGGCAGAAUUCUUGCUCUGAUCCAUGCGAAAGGCACAAUGCUUUAUGGGUUGAAAGAUGUGGAUGCCGCCGCUCGAGCAUUCGAAGAAGCAGUAAUGAUCAGCGUUGGGCGAAACAUCAAGGGGAUUCGAGAGCUAGUUCGUGGCAUUCAAGGCUCCCUCUCGCGGGUGGCGCCUCCUGCAGCUGCUGCGCAGCCCUUGUUGCUUACCCCCGACAAAGCCCGCCAUGCCGCUCGCCUUUUAUUUGGUAGUGAUGGCGAGCUUCCCGGACUACGGUGGGUAAGCGAAUUCACUCCUAGGAGAGCAGCCGUUCAAACUACAAGCAACUCUCUGCUGUCAUUGGCGAAGAUAUUCCAGGACUCUAUGGCAAGUGGCUCACCGGGCUCUGCACUAGCACGGCCCUCAUCCGGUGUUGGCGAUAUAUUAGCGCUCUACUACCUCUCAUUGUCUUUGCAAGAGAGUCCAUCGACGGCCAACAAUGUUGGCAUUCUUCUGGCUGGUAUACCUCAGACAACUUCUGACCGUGACAGCAUUUCGUCAUCGCAUGUCCAGCCAAGCAUCCCGGGUAUACUUCCGGGCAGCGGCUUGGCUCUUGCCCUUGCUUACUACAAUUACGGCCUUCGCCUGGACCCAAAACACGUCCAUUUGCACACCAAUCUUGGCAGCUUGCUAAAAGACGUUGGACAACUUGAUCUCGCCAUUCAAAUGUAUGAGCGCGCUGUUGCGUGCGAUGGAACUUUUGAUAUUGCAUUAACAAAUCUUGCCAAUGCUGUCAAAGAUAAGGGUCGGAUAGGUGAAGCUAUUGGCUAUUAUCGUCGAGCUGUGGCAGCCAAUCCCAGGUUUGCUGAAGCAGUAUGCGGCUUAUUCACGGCCCUCAAUUCAGUCUGCGAUUGGAGAGGUAGGGGUGGUAUUUAUCUGUACAUGGGAAAGUAUGAUAGGUGGCACGUUGACGAUAGUGGUCGAUUGCUCGAUGCAGAAAUCACCAAGUCUGCAUCAGGUCUCAGCAAACGCGUUACGGACAUUGUUCACCAGCAGCUCGACGAUGCUUCACAGUGGGGUCGAAACAUCAUCGACAAAUCCUUGAUUCGGCUUUUAACACAGAAUCUCUCGCAUCUCAAUACUAAUCCCUCAUUCGAUCUUGAAAAAAGUUUACGAGACUGGGUCGAUUCCCGCUGGGCUGGUUCGCGGCUAGUACGCCUGCUUGAGAGAGCCGCAAAAGUCUUGCUCCGGAAAUGGUAUCUUGAGCAACACGUCCUACGCAGAAGAGCAAAUAUCCCGUACGCUCGACCCCGACUGCCGCCAUCUCUGAGUGUACCCCCGGCACCUACUGUUCUCCCGUUUCAUACCUUUACUUCUCCAUUGAGGGCAAAGGAAGUUAGGAUUAUCUCACAGCGUAAUGCAAUGCGGAUAUCAUGCGCUACACUGCGUGCGCCGUGGCUUCCUGAGACUAUACUCCCUCCACCAGCACCACCAAGCCAUCAUCUGAACGUCGGAUACGUCUCUUCUGAUUUCAAUAACCACCCCUUGGCGCAUUUGAUGCAAUCAGUUUUUGGCUUUCACGAUCCGGAGCGAGUACAAGCUUUCUGCUACGCAACAACGCCGAGUGACAAAUCCAGCUACCGUGAGCAGAUUGAGAAGGAGGCGCCUGUCUUCAGGGACGUCAGCAGCUGGGCCCCAGAGCGCCUAGUCAAGCAGAUCAGCGAUGAUGGCAUUCAUAUUCUCGUGAACCUUAAUGGCUAUACUCGCGGUGCUAGGAACGAAAUAUUUGCUGCACGGCCAGCCCCAAUCCAGAUGUCAUUUAUGGGCUUUGCGGGCACCCUAGGGGCAGAAUGGUGCGAUUAUAUUCUCGCAGAUACUACUGCUAUACCGACAAGCACCUUGCGCCCGUGGCGUCAGAAUCGAACCGUGGAGGAUGUUUUUCACGAUGCCUCGGAGACCGACUCUGGCGAGUGGAUAUAUACGGAAAACAUAAUAUUUUGUCGCGAUACCUUUUUUUGCUGCGAUCAUGCUCAAUCAUCGCCUCCCACGGAGAGGGAUAUGACUUGGGCCGAUGAGCAACAUCGAAGAUGGACGAUGCGGAAAGAACUAUUCCCUAACCUACAGGAAGACACAGUGAUCCUGGCAAAUUUUAAUCAACUAUACAAGAUUGAUCCGAGCACAUUCAGGUCAUGGCUUAGGAUCCUGGCUCAGGUACCGAAAGCAGUGCUGUGGCUGCUUCGUUUUCCGGAAGCCGGCGAAGCAAACUUGAGGCGAACGGCAGAGCUAUGGGCAGGUCAUGAGGUUGCGAGCCGCUUGAUAUUUACUGAUGUUGCUCAAAAGAGCCAACAUAUAUCGCGUGCCCGGGUCUGCGACUUGUUCCUUGACACACCAGAGUGCAAUGCACAUACUACUGCAGCAGACGUGCUGUGGUCUAGCACACCAUUGCUCACAUAUCCUCGCUAUUCGUAUAAGAUGUGCUCACGAAUGGCGGCUUCCAUUUUGAAAGGCGCACUGCCGAGAACACCAGAGGGGGAACUCGCCGCCACUGCUGGGCUGUCGUACUCGCGUACAGCCUUCGGUGGGAUUGAGGGUAGUGGCCGACUAGCAGAAAUGCGUAAACUGCUGUGGCAUAGCAAGUGGACGUGUGGUCUUUUCGAUACCCGCCGCUGGGUCCGAGACGUCGAAUCUGCCUACCAAGAGGCUUGGAAGCGCUGGGAAACAGGAGAAGGCGGUGAUAUUUAUCUUUAG